UGAUGGCUUGUGCGCAAGGGAGGUGCACGCGCACUCGGGGUUCGCGAUUUGCGUAAACAAGGCAAGCAUUGAAUUUAUGUUCAAUAAUGAAAAUACAUUUUCGCGAGCAAUAUGGAACCAAAGGCGAGGAAAUACUCUAUGUAACGCCGGCAGAUCAAAGCAAUAUUGUGCGCGUCCCUCUCCGUGGCGAUAAGCUGGUAAUACAGGAGAAGUUUCUACUGUUCCGAGUGCUGCAGAACAUAUUUCUGCCCAAGGGCUAUCCGGACUCGGUAUCUGAGGACUAUGCUGCCUAUCAAAUAUGGGACACAUUGCAGGCAUUUUGCAGCACAAUUUGCGGAACACUCUGCACUCAUGCGAUUCUCAAGGGUCUUGGAGUGGGCAGUGAUAAUGUAAAUGCAUAUUCGGCCACAGUUACGUGGAUACUAAAGGAGGGCAGUGGGCAUGUGGGCCGUAUCAUUUUCGCCUGGUGGCAGGGCUCUCAAUUGGAUGUGGACUCGAAGAAAUGGCGAUUACGCGCCGAUUUUCUCAACGAUUUGGCCAUGGGCAUCGAAAUCUAUGUGCUUCCCAAGUAUCCACAUUUCGCUACACAAAUACUCUGCGGCUCCACCCUGCUAAAGGCCAUUGUGGGCGUGGCGGGUGGCGCGACACGUGCCGCCCUAACACAACAUCAUGCAGUGCGCGGCAAUUUAGCGGAUGUGGCUUCCAAGGACAGUUCACAGGAGACAUGCGUCAAUUUGGUGGCCUCCUUUGUGGGUCUCUAUUUGCUGACGUUCAUCAAGAGCCAGGCGAUGUUGUACACUAUUUUCUACAUUGUCGUCACGCUGCAUCUUUAUGCCAAUCUUAAGGCUGUGCGUUCCGUUUGCCUGCGCACUUUCAAUGAAUCUCGAUAUUUGAUUGCUCUGGAGGAAUUCUUUCGGUCAUCUCGUAUGCUGAAUCCACAGCAGGUCAAUAAAAUGGAACGCGUUACAGUUGGACAGACUGUGUCAGUGUCGCUUAAUAUACGCCUUGGACUGAGUGUUAAGCAUCUUAUAGAUGAAUAUAAAAGCAGCAUCGUCAUAGAGAACAUUGUCUCCUCAUUUGAUCCGAAUGAGCGUUUCAUUAUAGCGGAGAGCAAAAAACACUUGGGCGUCUAUCUGCACUUUGAUACACGUUCCCAGGAUGUGUUGAAGGCAUACUUUUUCGCCGUCUCGUAUUUGCAGGAUAGAAACCAGAUAAAGGAAAAGUAUUGGGACAUACAAGGCAAAUGGCAGGAGUUUCUAAAUCUAGCACAACAGGAGGGUUGGUUUGUCAAUCAACAUUUGCUGCUGGUGGAUGAGUAUCGUUUGGAUUGGAAGGUGUAGGUUGGGCCUUAUGCCUGCCAAUUGGACCAAAGAUGAUACUGCGCUAGCAUGCUUGUUAUGAAAGUUUUUAUUUAACUUUAAUUAAGCUUACAACAAUACACAUUCUCACACAUAUCUCACAUGGUUACACCAUAAACCAUAAGGCAAACGUUGAUAUUAGCAAACUAUUGCGAUAAUACAUAUUUACACGAACACAUAGAUAUUUACAAUUAAUCUCAUAAAACUCGAUCGCACUUGUACUAAAUAAUUUUUAAAAAUCGAAUAUUCUAAACGUGAACAUCUUCCAACUAUGUAAACUCUGCCUUAGCACAAAGUAAUGUUUAUAAUCGAUAUAUUCUAACAUGAGUAUAAUAUUCCAAAAGUCCAAUUGGACUUUCCAGUGUCGAUUAGCCGUUUUAACACGUUUUAGCAUUUCAAUUAUAAGGAUGUGCUUAUUUUUAACUCGAAAGAAUUCGAAAUCUAUUUUGUAAUAACUUACCACAUUUCAAAAUGGUACUAUUUACCUAAAUCCAAUGAAACAAAAACAAGCACACGAUCUGCGCAUUGAACUAAACGCUUCAAUUGCAUUUCAUGAAAUUGUACAUAGCUUAGUUUAAUUUAAAACACUUGACAGUGUGCAAGCGGUGUAAUAUUAUUUAUAAGCUUCGAAUGUAAUAAUUUAAAUUUAUUUGUCAAACGUGAAGUCCAUUAGCUUAGCACUUAAAAUUAGCUUGAAAAUUCUAGAAGUAAACACGCAAUUGAUUUUAAUAGAUGAAUAAAUAAAAUUCUUUGACAUUUUACGCAAUAAACAA